AUGUAUAAAGAAGAUAUCGCUGGGAUUGAAGUUAGAGAAUUUGGGAUGGGAGAACUGAUGAUGAAUCUAAAGGUCCGAGUGACAAGUGCUCUUAACAAGCAGUCGAAAACUCGUCUGAUUGGUCCGAACUGUCCUGGUAUAAUCAAGCCUGGAGAGUGCAAAAUUGGAAUUAUGCCUGGGUACAUUCACAAACCAGGGCGUAUUGGAAUCGUUUCUCGUUCUGGCACAUUGACUUAUGAAGCGGUUUUCCAAACAACUGCCGUUGGCCUUGGGCAAUCGACCUGUGUAGGAAUUGGUGGGGAUCCUUUCAAUGGUACAAAUUUUGUUGAUUGCAUAGAGAAGUUUCUUGUUGAUCCCCAGACGGAAGGUAAAAACCCACAAUCUAGCACUGGUUAG